ACUCUGACCAAGCCUACACUAUUCCUGCGCCCUUUCUCCUGACAUCCUCUUUCAACAGACUUCAAGAGCGUCGGGUGGAAACGCACACAGAGUAGACUAGGCUACAGGAAGGAGAACCACGUCCAGUCGAACGAGUUUGACGCGACACCUGAACUACUGCGUGCUUCAGAAACACAGCUGAUUUUGGACUUGAUCGAACCCUCUAUAUGCAACGCUGUCCAAUGAUCUGCAGCAUGAAUACAAUACUUCUGCGUAACUUUGCGAAGUUUUUUUUAUGCUGGAAUGUAAUUUACCUACACGUUUACGCACAGGUUCAUCCAGAGGUCGGCCUCACAGCACAGGAGCAGAUGUACCUGCUGUAUGACGUCAAAGUUGAGUGUCAUCAGAACAUCUCCACACACAACCCUGCAGAUGACCUUUGUGCCCCUGGCUGGGAUGGUCUGAUCUGUUGGCCCCAGGGAUCCCCCGGCGAGCUAACCAAGGUCCCCUGCCCCAGCUACAUCUACGACUUCAACCAUCAAGGUCAUGCAUACAGGAAGUGUGAUGUCAACGGUUCCUGGGUUUCUGUGGAGGGGUUGAACCGAACAUGGUCCAAUUAUUCCGACUGCUUAAAAUUCCUUUUACCUGGUCAAGAGGAGGAAAAGCGGGACUUCUUUGACCGGCUGUACGUCAUGUACACCAUUGGAUAUGCACUGUCCUUCAUCUCUCUUCUAGGGGCCAUUGUCAUCAUAGGCUACUUCAGACGCCUCCACUGCACCAGGAACUACAUCCACAUGCACCUGUUCGUGUCCUUCAUGCUGCGUGCCGUCAGCAUCUUUGUCAAAGACAAGGUGGUCCACACCAACGGAGGUCUGCAGGAGUUUGACACAGCGCUCAUGGACAACUACAAGACCAUCUCUGCUAUGCCCCUUGACAACUCCCAGUUUGUUGGAUGCAAGAUCACUGUGUUGCUCUUCAUUUACUUCCUGGCAACCAACUACUACUGGAUCCUGGUAGAGGGGCUGUUCCUCCACAGCCUCAUCUUCAUGGCCUUCUACUCGGACACCAAAUACCUGUGGGGCUUUACCCUGAUUGGAUGGGGUGUCCCUGCUCUCUUCGUCGCCGCCUGGGCUGUUGUCCGGGCAACGCUGGCAGAUGCACGAUGCUGGGAGUUAAGUGCGGGUAACAUUAAAUGGAUCUAUCAAGUUCCCAUCCUUACAGCCAUUGGUCUCAACUUUAUUUUGUUUGUGAAUAUUGUGAGAGUGCUGGCCACAAAAAUCAGAGAGACAAAUGCUGGGAGAUAUGACACUUGGAAGCAAUGCAGGAAACUGGCUAAGUCCACUCUAGUGCUGGUGCUGGUGUUCGGGGUCCACUACAUAGUGUUUGUGGGCAUGCCACACUCGUUCAAAGGGGUCGGAUGGGAGGUCCGAAUGUACUGUGAGCUCUUUUUCAACUCUUUCCAGGGUUUCUUUGUGUCCAUUAUCUACUGCUACUGCAAUGGAGAGGUCCAGGCAGAGAUCAAGAAGACCUGGACCCGCUGGAACCUGGCGUUUGACGGGAAGGGACCGGCAGCAUGUGCCAACUACCGGUACGGCCUCAACCAGACCACUACCAGUCAGCCCCAGCCGCUGGCCGUGAUCUCGGGCACCUCCUCUCUCUUCUCCAGCCACGUGUACCGCAGUAGCCAAGCCAGGCACAGCGUCAGCACCCACACCACCUUGCCCGGCUACGUGUUCAGCAACUCUGAAGUGGAUAGCCUGCCCCCAUCCAUCCUAGAGGAGCCAGACGAGAGAGCCAAACAGGUGGACGACAUCUCCCUCCGAGAGUCCUUACCUGUGGUGAAUACCAACAGUAUAGGAGAGGACUUGGAGGAGACACUGUAGAGAGAGAGUAGAGGGAAAAUGGGAAUGUACAGCUGACAACAAUUGUGUUUUAUAUUUUUUGAAUGACAGGACAGAGGGAAGGUAGAGCGGGAGAUACACAGGAAUGAGGGCCACAAACAGAAAGUGGCUGAGACCGAACUCAAGCCUCGAAUUCGCAUCGUCAAGGGAAUACGUGGUUCGGAGUCGGCAGCCUUACCACUAGACCAGACUCCGGCAAAUAUCUUUGAUGUUUUGCGGAUAUGUCACGUUCGUCGUAGGAAGGAGACCAAGGCGCAGCGUGCGUAUCGUUCCACAUCUUUAUUAAUAUGUGAAACUAUGCAAGACAUACAAUAAACAAAACAACAAACCGUGACGACAGAGGUGCAACAUGCACUAACUCAAAAUAAUCUCCCACAAACACAAGUGGGAAAAACAACUACUUAAAUAUGAUCCCCAAUUAGAGACAACGAUGACCAGCUGUCUCUAAUUGGGAAUCAUACGAAAACCCCAACAUAGAAAAAAUGAAACUAGACAAAACCCCCCAGUCACGCCCUGACCUACUCUACCAUAGAAAAAUACGAGCUCUCUAUGGUCAGGACGUGACAGGAUACUGUAUAUCACCAUAUCCUUGUCUUACGCCAGAUAGCGCUUAAGAGUUGCAGUUUUUUUCUAUAUGGUCAUUGGUUAUUAUUUUCAUGGACUGUUAUUUGUCACUUCGAGUGGUGGCUAGACAAUCAGUCAGGUCUGUGGCUAAACAUGGACUGGAAGUGUUGCAGCUACAGACUAGUUUGUGUCUAUUUCAUUUGUAAUGCUGAAGACAAUUACAGUGCCUUCAGAAAAUAUUCACAUCUCUUGACCUUUUCCACAUUUUGU